AUGGACUUUGAGUUCCCAACAAUCACAGGGGCUCUUUUACGAGUUACUGUUGCAGAAGUACGGAGGUGUGCGGCUGUCUGGCAGCAUCGGCAGAGGCACCAACAAAGGCACAAGGAGCAACAGCAGCGGGCCGGGCAGCAGCAUAUAGAGCAGCCGCGGAUAGAGCAGCAGGAGAAAGACAAGCAAGAGCUGUGCAACAGGCUGGAAGCGAAAGCACAGAAGAAGCAUACCGUACGUUGUCCUCUCUCUCCUGGAGUGCCCACUAAGGGGGGUCUUGCGCCUCUUGAGGCCCCCAAGCCUACUGGGACCCGCGCCCGUUUCGGCGAGGAGCUGCAUGUGUGGGGCCCAUGGCGUUGCCGAGGCAUAUGCAUAGAGGGCCUUGUUGUCUCUUGCACCCGAGUCAGGCUGAGAGGGCCUGCUCCGGACUAUACCGCAGCAACAGCAGCAGCUCGAGAUGCGUCAGCAGCACAUAUGGACACGAUAGAGCUUGAUGAUGGAACAGGCGUAAUUAGCUGUUGCUGGGUCUGGUACCCUCCAGGAGAACCUCGAAGUUCCCCUCGGGGACGAGGCUUGGGGGCUACUGCUGAGAGGACUGUGGCCUUUGAGCCCCCGCCGCCGUUAGAGCCUGGCACGUUCUGCAGGGCAGAGGGGCGAGUGAUGCUGCGCGGCAGCAGUUCCUGCAGCAGCGACGGCAGCAGCACUUGCUGCUGCGCCUGCAGCGUUCGAGCAUCUCUAAGGCUCUUUGGCCCACUUAAAGAAGAUUGCGACCCAAAUGCUGAGGCCCUCGCCUUUGCUGCCCUUGCUACGCAGAAGAGAGCCCUGAAGUGGUGGCGGGAUCCGCAGCAGGCGCAUCAACAGCAGAAAUAG